AUGGAUCGAGCAGCAGUGGGCGAGCAAGCUGUGGCUGGGCAGGUGUGGUGGAGCACAGCCGCACAGGGCAGCGAGCUGCAGAAGCGCGUGCUGGCGAAGCUGCGCGUCAACUGCCGUGUCCAAACGGUGCGCCCGUUGGAGGCGGAGUCGCGGCUCGUGGGAACAGGUGGCGGGGAAGCGCUCCUGGCCUAUUGUCUCGUGGAUUUCUCCCCCGUGGAAAACGCAGGGAAGGGGGCUGAGAUCCCGUGUCUCGCGAGCUUCCAAACGUCGCGCAAAAUUGGCGCGGGAGAGAUCGCCCCGCGGUUUCUCACCCUGGGAAAUCGCCGGGAACCCGGCGGGGAUCUCAGCUUCCAAAGUAGCCCUAAGGUUCUAAAUGGUUCAGCCAAGUCCCGCAAAGUUGUCUUUGGCUCAAUCAGGUCACCUAGCUAA